AUGACACCCGCCCUCCGUGACAGCCUCUCCAGCCCACUAACCAUAUCCACAACUCACACCGCCGCCACAUUUCCAACAACACCCCCCGUCCACCCCGACCUUUCCCGUCCCCGCCUCAAACAGAUAGCCCGCUGGAUCUGCGACGAACUUGACUUACGCGUCGCCCGCGAUGGCCCCGACGUCCUCCGCCCCAACGACGUGCUAACCCUCCACGAAACGUUCGUCUCACUUCGCCAAGCCCAAAACAUCACCAUCUCCGUGCUGCGCGCAACCGGUAUUCAUAAAGCGGUUCAAGAUAUUGCGGGUGUGGCGACACGGUGGCCGAGCAGGUUGUGCGACGACUGCGACAAGAUCGUUGAUAGUUGGACAGCAAAGUUUGGGCCGUUUAGCGAGAUUCAUCCGUUUUUGUAUGGGAGGGGCGGGAGGUUGGAGGGAAUCGCUAGUAUUCAUGAGUAUUCUAGGGAGGCUUUGCUCAAGCGGUGGGCGGAAACUUGUCCGGAGAAGAUUCAUCCGAAGAGGUCGCAUAAGUUGGGGGAUUUGGGGUUUGUGGCUGGGACGUGGUGGAUCAACCCACUGUUCGCACACCACGCUGGCAUCAUCGGGCUUGAAGCGUGUGAUGGCGGUACGACAUACGAUAAGCAUGGUGCAUAUGCUCUUCUGCUCAAAGACACAGGCGAGAUCGAAGCAUCGUCUGAAGAACGCUUUACCUAUCGUGUCCCGCAGAAUGACAAGGGCAAGUUCCGUCUUACCUCUGCUACACCCAAGAGCCGAGAUCCUGUGAGGGUACUUCGCAGCCAUAGCAUCAACAGCGUUUGGGGACCCAAGGCUGGCGUAAGAUACGAAGGCCUGUACAGUGUCCGAGGCUGGUCCAUCAAGCAAGCCAAGAGCGGCGAUCUUGCGGGUGGACGAUGGAAAGAAGGCGAUAUCCUGUUCGACGUUUUAUUUGAGAGGACAGAUUUAGUGCCAAUGGCGGUAGUCACCAAGCGACCGACAUCGACCGAAGUCGACGACUAUGCUGAGUACAAGCGUCUCCGUAAGAUCAACCGUGAAGGUAAACGCAAGUCCCCAAGCACACUUCCUGUAGGCGCAAAAGUGGACUUUCCAACACCGCUCAAGACGGCACCUCCAGUUACACCCCACGUGAUACCUAAACCUCUCCCAACGGAGGCUACCUCGAACGAGCCACGCAAGGGCAUAUUCAAGCACCUCCACUUCGACGAAGAAGCGCACGUACACGUACUAGACAAAGAGGAGGUCAUAUCUCCCAAAUCCGUCCCAGAAGCCGAUCCACUCAACACUGUGACAAUGAGCAAAAGCAACACCCUUCUCGUCCCCGCAAAACCCAGCCGCACCAACACACACAGCAAAGCCGACAUAUCCACCCCGGGCGAACCACGCAGACACCCCAGCCCCGCCGGCUCAAACGCCAGCAGCGCCCACACCCACGCCUGCGUAAACACUUUCCCAGGCAUCAACAUCCGCGAAGUCGCCCCCUGGAUCGACUACGACGCCGAUCUCUCCCUACCCUCACCCCCAGAAGACUCACCCAUCAUCCACCAACGGCCCAUCAUAACGCAAUCCAUCGCUAUCGACUCGAUCAAAACAAGCACUUCGCGGGAUACCUUUGGCACGCCCGUAGAGACCGAUACGUCCAGUCCGGUUGGUAGUGGGAGUAUUGAUGGGGGUAUGCAUGGGAGGAGGCAAGAUGGCGAUUUCGGAGAUCAUCUUAGUCCGCAUGGACAUGGGGUAGGGAGGAAGGACCGAGAUAAGAGGAAGAGCAUUCUUGUGAGGAAUCGGAAUCCUAUGGGAAAGUUGUUUGAUGGCGUUACAGACGACAGGAACGAGGAGACAAGGCAUGGAAAGGAUGAGAAGAGUAGUCCAACGACGCCUAUCUCCCACUCCUUCGCCGACAUACUCUCCCUAGACGACUCUUUCGUCGCAAACCCUCCCCCACGAACAUCGAGACGACCUAGACACCCCUACCCAUCAACUAGGCAUCUCAUCUCGCGAUCUAGAAUCCUGACUCCUGUUGGCAGUCCAGCAUGUAUCUCUCCUCACGAGCGCGUGGAGGGCACGAACGAAGAAAGCGAGGAGUCAGAUGCGGAAGCCAAGUUGAGAGAUAUGAUGAAUAAAUUGGAUGGUGGCGAGAAGGGUGGUUGGCGUUAUAUCUAG